CGGCCAAUUCGCGUGGAGCAAACACGGCAAACAGCCGUCCUUGCCUUGCCAAGGAAUCCCGCCCCGAGGCAGCUUACCUACUCGUACAGUGCCUCGAGUGCGAAGGGUACGCCUCGCUUCGCUACCUACAAAGUCGGCCGAAUUCCUUACAGUUUGUCAACCUCCUCGCAUUCUCAACACAACACGAGACUUCUUGAAGAUUUCGAAGCACAAACAUACUCGAGAUGUUUUACGAAAGAGAUCUACAGAGUGGCAUUGGCCUGGCGAUGCAAGAGGCUAAGCUAGUGGGAUGUUUUGUCACAGAUGAUGGCGAAGAGUCUCAACUUUGGGAGAAUGAGUUUCUGCAGGAUGCUUCUUUGAAAGACUUGUUGGCGGAGCAAACUGUCCUCUUGCGCUUAGUGGCUGGCUCAGAAGAGGCUGGAUUUCUGGCUGCUAUCUAUCCUCUGCCUAAGACGCCAACAUUCGUUCUCAUCAAGAAUGGAGAACUCAAGGAAUACAUCGCAUCAGGCGUCAGUAAAGAAGACUUUAUCAAGCGCCUGAUCGUCGUCCUAGAAUCACGCGGCCCUGCUCCAGCAUCAUCCAACAUAUCCACCCCAUCAACCACCUCCCAGAACACCCCCGCAUCCACGGAGUCGCAAACCCCAGCAGCUGGCCCGUCCUCAUCAUCUCCGACCAACCCUACCACUCAAACCUCCAGGAUCGAACAACAAACAGCCAACAUAGCCGCCACUCUAGCCGAACGCUCCCGCCGUCUUGAAGCACAGAAGCGCUCUCUUGAGGCUGCUGAGAAAGCCAAGAAGGCCGCUGAUGCCAAAGCUAAGAAGGAAGCUGCCGAAGCAGGAAAUCCAAAGGCGGCCAGCGAGCAAAAAUACGCCAAGCUGCAGGCACAGCGUCAAAAGGAAGCUCGUGAAGAGAAGGCCCGCAUCUUGAAGCGUGUCGAGGACGACAAGGCUGAGAGACGGGAAAAAGAAGCUCAGCGUAAAAGAGAAGCUCUCGCUAAGCUAGAGGGAGAAAGGGAGGCCGAUAAAGUAGUUGCAGAGAGUAGUGCAUCGGCCUUGCCUGCGAGAGGAGGCGCAAACGCCAAAGAGUGCGCAGUACAGGUUAGAUUGUUUGAUGGCUCAACCAUUCGCUCGAGAUUUCCGUCAACGGGAAGUUUGUUGAAGGACGUUCGGCCUUGGGUUGAUGAGAAGCAAGAAGGUGGUACACCUUACAACUUCAAGCAAGUCCUCAGCCCUCUGCCUAACAAGAAUAUCGAGAUGUCGGAGGAGGAGCACACUUUUACUGCUCUCGGACUCACGCCCAGCGCGACGUUAAUCCUUGUUCCGGUUGCGGACUACACGUCUGCUUAUGAGGGUGGUGGUGGCAUUGUCUCUCGUGCUGCGUCUGGCGGUUUCGCAUUGAUCUCCUCAAGUGUCGGUUUGGUCACUGGUGCUCUUGGAAGCUUGCUUGGAGGAAGUACUGCUCCAGCUCCAGCUCCCUCGCAAGCAACUUCAUCUGGCCCUGCUCCCCCAUCGACAGCUAUCAAUGUUCGGACGCUGAGAGAUCAGAGACAAGAGUCGAAGAAGGAAGACCAGCAAUUCUACAAUGGUAACGCGGUAUGCUCAUCCUUCCUCCCCGACCCUCUUGUACUAGUCAUCACAAUGCUAACGCUAUGUAGACGAACUUUCAACCCCGAAGGGAUGAUGACGGCAACAAGGAAGAUUGAAACUGAGGCAGUGAGAGAUAUACGAUGUAUUAUUAGCACGGGAUCAGUCGGCUUGCUGCAUUGAGCUGGCGUUUUGAGGAUAGUAGGGCAUCUCAGGCAGGCGUCCUGAAUAGAUCUUCAGCUGAGUAGGCAGCUUCCAAUACUGGUCAUGAUAAUGCUUUCAACUACAGUAUUAUUGGUAGCGGUAUACAAACGAAAUGAGAUUUCAAUGAUUUCUCCGCU